CUCUUCAUAACAUUCCCCAUCACCUCAAUGCUUCCUAAUUUGCCUCAAGAAAAACAAAUUUUGUUGUUGUUAGUGUUGCCUAAUUAUCCCAUUUACCCUUUUGCUCUUUGUCUGGUUUGCUACACAAUUUUCUCUCCAACUUCCCUUCCUCUUCUUCAUUCUCUCUCCCCUCUGUGUGGAUUUUCCGGCGUUAAACUGGAGGGGAAGAGAAAACACGACGGAGUAAAACAAGAGGAAAGAAAGCAGAUCUGACGGACGUCAUUGAUCGGAGAAGAUGUUACAGAAAGCAACAGGCGGCGGGCAUUCGUGGUGGUGGGCUAGUCACAUUCGAACUAAGCAGUCCAAAUGGCUCGAACUAAAUCUCCAAGAUAUGGAUAUGAAGGUGGAUCACGUUCUGAAUUUGAUUCAAAACGAUGGCGAUUCAUUCGCUAGAAGGGCGGAGAUGUAUUAUAGACACCGGCCGGAUGUUAUAAGCUUCAUCGAGGAAACUCUUCGUGCUUAUCGAGCAUUAGCUGAACGAUAUGAUAAAUUAUCGGGCGAUUUGCAGAAAGCGAACACCACCAUUGCUUCAAUUUGUCCGGAAAAAGUCGAUUUAAGCCUCGAUGAAGACGACGAUGAUUUCAACUACGAUUCUCCGAAAACACCUAAACUCAAUCGUCAAAAUCGAAUCAAAAUCCCUAAAUCCCCAAAACCUGUUAACAAAGACGUGAAUUGUGUUCUCGACAAUGCAUCAAAGACGAUCGAUGCAACAAAGACGAGCGAAGAAAAGGAAAAUCAAAGUCCUCCGAAAUCUGGAUUGACGAAAGACGAUGCUCUUGAAGAGAUUGAUAAUCUUCAAAAGCAAAUCCUCGAGAUGGAAACGUUGAAGGAUUCCAUGAAGAAUUAUUACGAGAACAGCCUUGCUGAGUACUGGGAUGCGGAAACCCAAAUAAUCGAAAAUCAACAGAGGAUUUGCAGAUUAGAAGAUGAAUAUGAAAUAUGUAAGAAAAUCGAAGAAGACAAUAAAGGUACUUUAAUGGCGGAAGAAGCUUUGAAGUCAUGCCAAGAGACCUUAGCUAUGUUACAAGAUCAUCAAAAGAAAUUGAGGUACGAUGUUAAAUUAGAGCACCAGAGAUUCGAUCAAGCUAAACAAAAACUCAAAUCAAUCAAACAGAAAUAUAAUUCGGAAUCAGAUCUAGAGCAAGAACAAGAACACGAACAAGAAAUCAGAAACGUCUCAAAUCAAAGCUUGGAAGGCGUAUCGAAGAAUCCAGAAAAAAUUACAGAAUUGGCAGAUACGAUUGAUACGCUUGUGAACAUGGUGAUUACUUUAGAAUCCUCGAUUUCAUCCCAAACUGUUCUUGCAGACAUGUUACGAAAAGAAGCAGAUGAUCUUCAAUCACAGAUUCGAAAAAUGGAAGACGAUAUGCAAACACAAGCUCAAAAAUUUGAAAACGAUCUUCAAACUCAAACUCAAAAAAUGGAAGACGAGCUUCAAACACAGAUUCAAAAAAUGGAAGACGAAUUUCAAACACAGAUUCAAAAAAUGGAAGACGAAUUUCAAACACAGAUUCAAAAAAUAGAAGACGAACUACCAAAAGAAAGUGAUCAUACUUGUGUAUGCAACGAAACAGUUGUUGAAUCAAAAUCAGAAGAAAAGAACAUUGACAUUAGUUGGCAAUCGAUGUUGUUGAAUGGGAUUGAAGACAAAGAUAAGAUCAUUCUAGAAGAGUACAUCACGAUCUUGAGACACUACAAGGAUACUAAGAAGAAAUUGAGUGAAGAACAGAAAAUAAACCAAGGAUUAAAACAGAAGUUGAGACUUGUUCAAGAAAACAUACCUCAUGAAGAUGAGAGCAAGACCACCAUUGAUGAAGAAGCUCAAGCUUUUUCUGCCAUGGAUAUGAUUCUUGAUGAGAAUGUCAACUUCUGGUUGAAAUUCAGCACUGCUUUCCAUGAGGUUCACAAAUUCAAAACCCAGAUUGAAGAUCUAAAUGAUGAGAUUAAAAAGGUGAAAUCAAGGUCAGAUAUUAAGUUGAUAUAUAAAAAUCUUAAGGAUAUAAAGAGUAAACUUACAAUAUGGUUGGAGGAAAGUACGUUGCUAAAAGAUGAAUUAAGGAUGAGAUUCACGUAUUUAUCGAAUAUCGAGGAGGGAAUUAAGUUCAGUAGCCAUGAAGAGGCUGCAAAGUUCCAAGGUGAAAUUAUGAAAAAGAAACAAGAACACAAUGAAAUUAGUAAAGAACUUGAAGCAAGUUUAGAUCAUGUGGUUGCUAUAAAACUUGAAUUGGAGAAGAAUUUGGAAAGGGUAGAAAAGGAAUUUGGGCUUUUGAAGAAUCCAAAUCAACAACAGAAGGGGAAAUUAUCUUCAAGUAAGUCGAUAAUACCCUUGAAGUCAUUCCUUUUUGGGGUUAAGUCAAAGACGCAAAAGUCUUCCUUUUUUUCUUGUAUGAGCAGCCCUAAGAAAUCAAGAUCAAAGAAAGGUGGAUGUAUGUCCAUAUAAAUAUAUAAAAAACCAUUGUACAAAAAUGUAUCUGAGUUUAAAAAACAUGGAACAUAUAUACAAAGAAAAAAAAAAGUGACAUCAUUUAUGAA